AUGAAAGAAGAUCAUCGUCGGUGGACAUGGGAAUCGCCCAAUGGCGCGACUCGUGCGGAGAUCGACCACAUACUCACCAACCGGAGGUGGUGUCUACUUGACUUCUCAGUAGUACCAUCCUCUUGUAGUGGUUCUGAUCACCGUCUCCUUCGUGCGAAAAUACGACUUAGCCACACGAUGGAAAAGAACAUCUGCUAUCGACAACGAGGGAGUAAAGAAGUAGUCUACGACGAUUGCGUACUCGAGUACUCCUUGUUCCAAGGUGACUGGCACAUCGAGGAGGACCCAAACGUGGACUACGAGGUGCUGCUAAGAGGAUUACGAGCCUGUGCUGAGCGUGCCUCGAAGCCGCGCACGACAAACUUGGAUCGAAUUUCGAAGACCACUAAGGAAUUGUUGGAAAGAAGAAGGGCCUUGAGGCUUGAUCCGAAUGCAUCGCACAUUGAGCGGUUAGUAGCAAACACUAGCUGCAGAGAAGCGUUGCAGGAGGAUCUUUUGAAGUAUAGGCAGAAGAAGAUUCUGGAAGCAGCACAAAGAAGAACGAGUCCAAAGAAGUGCCGCAGGGAUCUCCGCGAAUAUAAUAUUCCGCUAGCAACCUUGCUGAGCGAAGACGGGACUCGCACGUCUUCUCGUCGUGAGAUGGAGGUCAUUACGGAGAGGUUCUACCAGAACCUUUACCGUUUAUCAACUCCUGUGUCAAGCCCGAUCAUCCCCACUGGUGAAGCUCCACCACGGAUUCUCCCUUCGGAAGUACGAGUCGCUGUCAAGAGCAUGAAACCUGGCACAGCCCGCGGACCUGAUUUCAUAUCAGCAGGCUUUCUUCGGGCUGGUGGCCAUCCGCUUCAUGUAAUCUUAGCAGCGCACAUGACAUCCUUCCUUCAGAAAGAAAGGAUCCCAGACCAAUGGAAGACCUCGCGAACCGUUCCUAUCCAUAAGAAAGGUGACCGACAGGACCUUCGGAACUACCGUCCGCUUGCUGAGCGCGUUAUACAAAGUAUUCACCAAGAUCAUCCUCACGCGCAUAUCUAG